UUCCGUGCACACGAAGAGAAGGCGAACCAGUCGUGUGGUCAGGAGCCAGAAGAUCGCUUGUCUCGAGACUUACUCUGAAAUGUCAGGGAUGCGGUGGAGUUUUGGUUUUUCCUGUCUGUUUUUCCUGAAAAUGGUUUGGAUUUGCCAGGCUUUUGAUGCUGGCGCCCCUGACAGCAGAGUGCGGGCCCUGAACCUGAACAUCAGCUGCAGUGCUGACAAGAGCGAACCAGCCGUCCUCAUCUCUUACCCAAUAACAUUCAGGGCCUACUAUAUCAAAGAUAUGCAACUCAUCUGCAAAAAUGGAUGGAUCCCAAUCGUACAGGAAAGUGGCUUUAAAAUAAUUCUCAUUCAGUAUCCCCAAGCUUCCUCUUCCUUGAUACCAGGGACAUGUGUGUUCCAUGGACCAUACUUCAUUACGAAGAAUGGCUCUGUUGAGGUGUAUAAUAUGACUGUUGCAGUGCUAUGGAACGAUGGGACUCCAAGCUAUCUCUCUUUUGAAUGUAACUUUACAAAAUCAGCCUCAGAAUCAAACCAUAGCCAUCCGCCUGCAAGUCGCACCAAUCUAAGUACUAUACCAAGCACUCGACCACAAUCUCAAUCAACAUCUCAGCCGACCUUCCGAACAAACACAGAGCCAGCCUCACAACCAGCCUCUCAACCUACCCCUCAACCAGUCUCACAACCUACCCCUCAACUGACCGCACAACCAACCUCUCAUCCUACCCCUCAACUGACCGCACAACCAACCUCUCAACCUACCCCUCAACUGACCGCACAACCUACCCCUCAACUGACCUCACAACCAACCUCUCAACCUACCCCUCAACUGACCUCACAACCAAGCACUGAACCUAACCCUCAAGCAAUCUUUCAGCCAACCUCUGGAACAACCAACCGGAUUUCGAGUCCCCGUCCAAGCUCUAGUGCACCACCUGGGCAAAGUUCCAUUCAAAGUAUUCCUCUGUAUUCAACACCGAACCCAGAAACUACUGCACCUCACCAGUCAGGAUCAGUUACAACUCAACAUGGUCUGAUCAGAUGGAAGAUCUACUGUGGAAACAAUGCCAGCAUUCCGGCAACGUAUAUCGACCAUCCUGUUUCCUCGAAAGGACGAGUGGUGAGGAAUAUUCAAAUCCUUUGCGAAAAUGGCUGGAUGUCGGUGACACAGAAGAUUGGCUUCAAUGUAAUUAUCAUUCAAUACCCACAUGAUAAAAUGGAUCGCUUUCCAGGAAUGUGUGUAUUUUUUGGACCAUAUGUAGUCCCCAUGAAUGCCUCUGUUCAGUUGUAUAAUGUAACCAUGGCACAGUUUUGGGGGGAUGGCCUUCCAACCUAUGUCAAUAUCGAAUGUUUCCUUCCCAGGUCAGACAACCAAACUCUGGGUGCCCAGGCUGAUGCUGAACAUGAUAGUAUGCCUACAAAUGAACAAUCUGGCCAAACUUAUAGUUCUUCCAUGAGGCAAAAAUACAAGCCAACACAAGCAACAUCGACACACACAAGUUCAAGCUCUCGACCACCGGCAUCUGAAGAGCUAGUCUUCGGCAAUCAAUCAUCUACACCCGACGAAACAGCUCCGAACUAUCAAACACAGUCAUCUGAACCAGACGCAACAACUCCUACAUCAAGCACAUCUGCACCAGGGGAUAGUCCAAGGUCAAGAACACCACCACCAGAGGAUAGUCCUACAUCAAGCACACCUGCACCAGAGGCUAGUCCUACCUCACGUACGCCUGCAUCAGACACUAAUCCUUCAUCAAGUACAUCAGUGCAGACUCCUUCAAUCAGUCAUUCAACUACGCCUGGGCAGAUGUCUUCAAUCUCCCAAUCUCCCAAACCGACACUCUCUGCCACAAGCAGACUGGCAAACUGGGACGUGUACUGCAGUCAAAAUGUUAAUAUUCCAGCCAAACUCAUCAGUCUUGUAACUUUAAAUGUCAGUAAAACAGAGAUAAAUUGCAGUAAUGGAAUAGUGCCAAUAACUCAGCAAUUUGGUUUCAAUAUGAUGCUAAUUCACUAUACAAACGGAGUUUCUUCUGACAGUCCAGGAAUGUGUGUAUUUUGGGGACCAUAUCCAGUCCCAAAUAAUGACUCUGUCUUACUGUAUAACGCAACUGCUUGGUUGGAAUGGGGAGAAGGGCUCCCGAUUUUUUUGCCAAUUAAAUGUUUCCUACCUAAGUCAGCCCUGGCAUUUAAUCCAGACACCAGUCCUAAAUCAAGUACACUUGCACCAGAGUCUAGUCCUUCAUCAAGUACACCUGCACCAGAGGCUAGUCCUUCAUCAAGUACACCUGCACCAGAGGCUAGUCCUUCAUCAAGUACACCUGCACCAGAGGCUAGUCCUUCAUCAAGUACACCUGCACCAGAGGCUAGUCCUUCAUCAAGUACACCUGCACCAGAGGCUAGUCCUUCAUCAAGUACACCUGCACCAGAGGCUAGUCCUUCAUCAAGUACGCCUGCACCAGAGGCUAGUCCUUCAUCAAGUACGCCUGCACCAGAGGCUAGUCCUUCAUCAAGUACGCCUGCACCAGAGGCUAGUCCUUCAUCAAGUACGCCUGCACCAGAGGCUAGUCCUUCAUCAAGUACGCCUGCACCAGAGGCUAGUCCUUCAUCAAGUACGCCUGCACCAGAGGCUAGUCCUUCAUCAAGUACGCCUGCACCAGAGGCUAGUCCUUCAUCAAGUACGCGCCUGCACCAGAGGCUAGUCCUUCAUCAAGUACGCCUGCACCAGAGGCUAGUCCUUCAUCCCUGCACCAGAGGCUAG